CUAACGUUUUCUGGCAUUUUCAACUAGAUAAAGCUGGCAUAAGCUAUGUUUCUGAGCUCUAAUAUUUCAUAGGUCUUUCACUAUCUCUUAUUUUACAGUUACAGAGCAAAAUUGGACGAUAUCAUUAUCAAGCCGGAGAUAUGACAAAAUUACAGCUAGCUGGUCUCCGUUUUAUGUAACGGGAUACGAUAUUUUCGGAUAUUUGGUGUCCUGCAAAUCUGCACAAGAUUGGGCUAAAGGAACAUUCUACGAAUUUGGAGAAAACAGUUCAAAAUCUGUGAAUUUUAAUGAGCUGAUCGGGUACACUAACUAUGAAGUGCACGUGUUGAUGAUGUUAAAUGAGAGAGAGACUGGGACGUCUGCGGCAUACAAGAGUUUAACAGCGUUAAUAACAACUCCUGAAUCAGUUCCUAGAAGUAGUCCUAAAGGAGUUUAUUCCACUAACAUAACAUCAAAUUCAGCAGUUAUUGGAUGGCAGGAAAUCCCCAGAAAAGAAGCCCGUGGUGUUCUUCUUGGAUACCGAGUUCAGGUCUACAAUAGAUACACUGGCAGAUAUGGAAAGGAAAUAAUAACAAAUGAUACAUCAGUGAUAUUAACGGAUCUUUCACUUGUUACCUCAUAUCGAGUGUCCAUAAAAGGCUAUACUGCAGUUGGAUCAGGACCACGUGCAUACCAUAACUUUACCACACUGAGGUGCCAUACUGAUCUAAAAGGAGAAAGUGGGAUGUUCUCAAUUGAUAAAACCCAUAAUGGGUACAGAUCAAACUGUUCAUGGACAAUUGGCAAAGGUGUAAAUAAUAUCGACUUCAUAGUCAUUAAAUUCACGCCGUUUGACCUGGAAUGGAAUUGCAUUGAAUAUCAGCACAGUUACGUUGAAGUCGCCGAUGUAAAUUAUGAGGCUAAAGUAAGAGGAUGUGGUGGAAGUCGUCCAUUUCAAGUUCUGAUCAAGAAUCGACCAGCAGUAGUCAGAUAUUACACGUGUUGCCCCAAAAAUGCAUUUUUCAACGUGUCUUUCUACAUCAUUACCCAAAAAAUGUCAGGUUAGAUCACUAUGUGCACUUUAGCGUAUACAAUUUAACUUCAGUUGUUUUAAGAGGAAUGUAUUUUCAUGUCUUAUACAGGGUAUCAAUUAUUAUCUAGUAGACUAUAAAGUCAAAAGGAAAACUUAUGCCAUAUUGCCCAUUCCGAAAUUCAAAAAGGGGACUAGUGACUAGUCACAAACUUGAUAUUGUUCGAAACAAUCAAAACAAAUACGAGGAAAAGAAAGAACACACUAAAAUUAGCUUAGUUGCUGAUUUUGAGCGUAUUUGGAUUAGUAUUUUUACAGAGUUGGAAGCGUUUAAAACACGAAAAAGUUACAAUUAAUGUAUGGAGCUCUUGAGCAGCAUCACCAAAAAACAUACAUACUUAAUAUUUUUACAAAUUAAAAAAAAUCCUACUCGUUGACAUACUAGGUAUUCAACUAAAUAGUCUUAAAGUUGAGAAGAACACUAAUUGUAGUGUGGUCUUUUAUGUGUUGAGAUUAAAUUUUCGAUAAGUGGACUAUUUGCCUACUCGUCCCCAGUUAUCUUUUGAAUUUCGGUACGGCCAAUAGCCUCCUUCAUGGUUCCCUGCGACAUCUUGAAAGGUAGCCGUGCCUUUACAUCGAAGUGAGACAACUGUUGCAAUGCAUGGUAAAUACUAGCCUGAGUAUCAGGCUCUCUCGAAGGGAACCAUUCGAGAGUGCCUGAUACUCAGGCUAGGUAAAUACCUGAAUAGGGUACGGAAUUUCACGAUUUUGUUGUCUUGAAUAGGGUCAGGGAGCAGAGGUACAAUAACCCACUCCCAUCUCAAAGGCACAUGGUCCACCAGCAUCCCUUUAAAAUACAUCGUAAAAAAACUUACUCUUUAUUAUCCCUUUAUACUA